AUCAGUACCAAUAUGACAUCAUAUACUAAAUAAUGUCCAUGCCAAAGUUUUCAUGAAUCUGACAGAUCAAUCUUCGGAAUGUCAGAACUUGAACUUUCAAAGCGGAGAUGAGCUUAUAAAUAUCCCAAGCUUUGUUUUCAAAUCAUUCCAACAUCAAACGUCUAAAGAAACAUAUACAUCAUGGCAUUGUUUACCAGUACACCGAAAAGUAAACUUUUGAUAGAAGAGAAAGUUACUUUAUUAACUCUAGAUAGCGAAGACGAAGACUUUUCCUCUGGGUAUGAUUCACCGGUGCACAUCUCUGAUAAAGACUCAAACAGAAACUGUCAAAGAAGAUUACAAAUAGAGCCAUCAUCUGACGAUUCAGAUUUUUCGUCUGAUGAAUCGACUCCGUUGGAGUAUUCCUCGUCUGAAGAUGACGAUAUUGAUUCAGUAGAGUCGAUGAAAGUAACCAGUACACAAACAUUGAUCGAAAACAUCCGAUACAUUUUAUCGAUGCCAGAAUUAUGCGAUGUUUUGUUCAUCGUAGGACCACAAAGAGUUCCCCUGUAUGGAUUAAAGGCGAUUCUGAGCACUCGAAGCAGGUCGUUUUUCGUUAUGUUUUUGAAACACGCAAAAGAAGCAUUGAAACAGACGAAGAAGAAAACAAAGAAAACAAAACACACCCAACCGGACCAGAACAAUAGACUGACCAUCAUUAUAGAUAAUUAUGAUGCGGAUAUAUUCCAUACAUUUUUGUUGUUUGUCCACUGUGGAUCAAUAGUAAUGGAACCAUCUUCAGUUACAGGGCUACUUUGUUUGGCUACAGAGUUUGAUAUUCCAGACCUGAGAAAUGCGUGCUGGGAUUUCAUUGAUCGGUGCCUGUCAGCACAAGCUAAUACUUCCCUUUUAAUGCAAGAAACAUUCCAAUAUGGCGACCAUAAAGCUGCACAGAAACUUAGACUAAAGAUUUUAAGAAUGCCGUCAACCAAGACUAUGUCAACAUCUUCGACACUUUUGAAAGAUUCAAAUGAUUCCCGUAACAGUGUACAAGGUUCCUGUAACAGUGUACAAGGUUCCCGUAACAGUGUACAAGAUUCCCGUAACAGUGUAAAAGAUUCUCGUAACAGUGUACAAGGUUCCCGUAACAGUGUAAAAGAUUCCCGUAACAGUGUACAAGGUUCCCAUAACAGUGUACAAGAUUCCCAUAACAGUGUUCAAGAUUCCCGUAUCAGCAUAGAGACAUUAGUUUGAAUCAACAUAAUUAUCAAUAAUAGUGCUUUACUUUAUUUUAUUUGAAUUGUAAAUAACUAUAUGACUACCAAUUCAUGUUUACAAAAUGGUAUGAAUCA